UGCAGAGAGAAGCCUACUCAGAGUGGUUACUGAAAACAGGAACCUGCCCUUCUGCAAGCCCUGUGCCUUCCUCGUUCCUAGCAGAGGAAGUAUGUGGCCAGUUUAGCAACUGCAGUUCUUCUGGGUAGCAUGGGCUGCUUCUCCACACUCGCGAGAGGCCCGGCUGCCUGUUUAUUCCGGAGCAGCAGCAGUUGACAGACGAAGAGGCAGUGACUCUGCGCCCAGCAAUCCCUCUGCAGACAGCUCCCACAGGAGUCAUGCCCAGUGUGUGAAGAGACUGAACUCUGACUGGCAAGACAGAACAGAAGGGAGUGCAAGCAACAGGAGAGAGGAGUGUUAAGGUAGAAGAACCCAGGCCUCCAGGACUGACUCAAACUUUCUCAUCUUGUGACCCUGGGCUCUGGGCAUCACCAGCGGCCCCGGGGAAAAAGAAAGAAAUGGGAAACAGCAUGAAAUCUGCCCCUGCACCUGCCGAGAGGCCCCUGCCCAACCCAGAGGGACUUGAGAGCGACUUCCUUGCCGUGCUGAGUGACUACCCAUCUCCUGACAUCAGUCCCCCGAUAUUCCGCCGAGGGGAGAAACUGCGUGUGAUUUCUGAUGAAGGGGGCUGGUGGAAAGCGAUUUCUCUUAGCACUGGUCGAGAGAGUUACAUCCCUGGAAUAUGUGUGGCCAGAGUUUACCAUGGCUGGCUGUUUGAGGGUCUGGGCAGAGACAAGGCCGAGGAGCUGCUGCAGCUGCCAGACACAAAGGUCGGCUCCUUCAUGAUCAGGGAGAGUGAGACCAAGAAAGGGUUUUACUCACUGUCGGUGAGACACAGGCAGGUAAAGCAUUACCGCAUUUUCCGCCUGCCCAACAACUGGUACUACAUUUCCCCGAGGCUCACCUUCCAGUGCCUGGAGGACCUGGUGAACCACUAUUCUGAGGUGGCUGAUGGCCUGUGCUGUGUGCUCACCACACCCUGCCUGACACAAAGCACGGCUGCUCCAGCAGUGAGGGCCUCCAACUCACCUGUCACCUUGCGUCAGAAGACCGUGGACUGGAGGAGAAUGUCCAGACUGCAUGAGAACCCUGAGGGAACCGAGAACCCACUUGGGGUAGAUGAAUCCCUUUUCAGCUAUGGCCUUCGAGAAAGCAUAGCCUCUUACCUGUCCCUGACCAGUGAGGACAACACCUCCUUUGAUCGAAAGAAGAAAAGCGUCUCCCUAAUGUAUGGUGGCAGCAAGAGAAAGAGCUCAUUCUUCUCAUCACCACCUUACUUUGAGGACUAGCCAAGAACAGACACAAUGGUUCAUGCCCAAAAGGAAUAGAAGUUCCAACUAUUGUCUGGGAUCUUGCAAAAAGCAAGGUUCCCUGAUCCCCGGGAACCUCACAUAUUUUAAAAGCCAAGAGAAGCCACAUGGAGACUCAAAUUCACAUCUUCUCUAUCCACAUCGUGACCAAAGGAACCCCUCCCUGGUGUCUGAUCAGGGCUGUGGCAUCACGAAACAUUGGCUCAUGACAUGUCAGGCAAUGCUUGGAAGAGCCCAGCAUGUAUGUAUGCACACGUUGUGUGUGUGGGAAGGACAAAGCCACUCGCACAAGAAAGUGCACCAGGACUGUUCUCCAAGGAACUGCACCUGUCCAGAUAGUACUCUGAGGUCAUUGGAGAGCACUUCUGUAUGGGCAAGCCUGAGAGGGAGAGGAAACAAAAGCUGUGGCCUGGCAGAAGGUCUGGGUGUGCAGAUGGGUGCCCUGAAUGGAACUACUUUACCCAAUCCAUAGGGACCUCUGAUAUGAUUUCCUCUCUUUUUAAAGGAACUUCGUGACACUAAACAUUAGCCCAAAGGACUUCUUAGCCUUCAAUUGGGAGAUACCUUUGGCCUGCUCCUGCACCAAAGCCAUGUGGGUGGAAGUCAGAUGGCCCCCCCGAUUCUGCAGAGGGCCAGAAGAAUGAGAGGAGGGCUGCUGGCAGGGAAAUCAAGGGGACGAGCCUAGAACUGCACCAGCUUCCCUGAUGUCUGCAGUCAUGGCUUUGCAGCGUAGACAGAGCUUCUCUGAGAUGCUGGGAUUCUUGUCUGUAUGAAUGCAUCAACUAUUCAUUUAUUGCCUGAAUAGGCAUUGCAUUAAGUCCUGUGUAAGGUGUCAGGCAAGCCAAAAAAACAAAAAACAAAAAAAAAAUAGAUGCUUAAGUCCCAACCCCCAACAGAGGUGUUCACAGUGUAGACAGGGGAAAAAAAUGUAUAAACAAACGUGUAAAAAGAGAAAUCAGCUCAUGGCUUAGGAUGGAAUUGGAGACAGGUGAGAGACACUCAGGAGCUCAUUUUCCAGCUGCUCUUCAGAGUGGAAGGGCUGGCUGGAUCAGGUAGGUAAGAAUAGUUGGAUUUUUUUUUUUUUUAAAGAAAUGGAUGCAGUCUAAAGAAUUAACUCACCCAGUACUUUAUUCUAAGAAGGGUCUGGCAUCCAUAUGAGGAAAAAUGCUGAACUCCAGGAAAGAUGGGGAGUUCAAGUGGAUUAAUGAUGUCACGCAUAAUUUUAAGAGACAAGGGAGAAAACACAAUGUAUAGCCAGAGAAGGAGAAGCUGCCAUCCAAAUCCUGCUAGGAAAAGAGUGGGCUGCAGAUGAAUCUAUGACUCAUGUUUCUCAGUUUCAAAGGGAUCCUGGGGAAGGAGGGAAACAUGCUUGCAGUAUCUCUCCCUGUCUGUCUGCUCACAUAAGCAUUCCGUCCAUCUGAGCUCAUCGUGCUAGUGGUAUGUGUAUGUGCAGUUACACGAUUUUCUGUAUCAUAGAUUCCAGUGUGUUUAUACAAGGAGACAUCUGUGGUUUCCCCAACAAUUCCAAACGGCUAUUUCAAAGGAACCAGCCAACGUAUGAGAAAUGAAUGUAACACUGUGGAUAUUGACUUCCCAUAUAAGGCAGGGUGACCCCCUGAACUCCAGAUGUCUGCACAGCAUCUUAUGUUCUUAUGUAUUGUUUUCCAUGGUGAAGAAUGUGAUUGGAAUGUUUGGGGAGCACCCAGAGGGAUUUCUAAGUGGGAAGCAUUACACUUUGCUAAAUCAUGUAUUUAUUCCUGAUUAAAAUAAACCUAAUAAAUAUUUAACCUUUAGCA